UGAGACAAGACAAGACCAGACAAGACGUAGUCCAACUGGAAUGUCACACGUCAGAAAUUUAAUUUUGUGAGAAUUAACUUGUACGUUUUGGGUUUGUUUAAGUUUGGGUCAGUAAUGAAAUAAAGUAUUUUUUUGUGGAAUUAUCAUUUUAUUUGGUGAUAUUGUUAAACAUUUUCUAAAUAACUGAUAAUAAUAUCAGUCGGUACUGUUCAUGGGGAUCCAAUGUGUCGUUAUUUAGUUUGAAUGUAUCUAAUAUUGUAUUGCAUUUGAUAAUUACUAACGAAAAAAUGUCUGAUUUCGGUGACUGGUAUAAAAAUGUACCUGUCUUUACAAAGUAUUGGUUGACUUUAACAGUUGGUUUUACAUUAUUGGGUAGAUUUGGGUUUGUACAACCUUAUCAUUUGCUAUUAUUGUAUGAGCCUCUGAAAAGAUUUCAAAUAUGGAGAUUAAUUACCUGUGUUUUCUACUACCCUUUAAGUCCUUCUUCAGGUUUCCACUUCUUAAUAAAUCUAUAUUUUUUGUACAAUUAUUCCCUAAGAUUGGAGACAGGUCAAUACCAGGGAAAACCUGCAGAUUAUCUUUUUCUGCUUAUAUUUAAUUGGCUUUGUUGUAUAGUCAUUGGAUUAAUAGCAGAAAUAUAUUUACUCAUGGACCCCAUGGUUCUUUCAGUUUUGUAUGUGUGGUGUCAACUUAACAAAGAUACAAUUGUGAAUUUCUGGUUUGGUACAAGAUUUAAAGCAAUGUAUUUGCCAUGGGUGCUUUUAGCAUUCAACAUGAUCAUAUCAGGAGGUGGCAUAAUGGAAUUGGUUGGAAUUUUGGUUGGGCAUUUAUACUUUUUCCUUAUGUUUAAAUACCCUCAAGAAUUGGGUGGACCAGUUUUAAUUCAGACCCCAUCUAUAUUGAAACAGUGGUUUCCAGACACUGUUGGUGGUGUUCAUGGAUUUGGUAGACCUCCACCUCGACCUACUGCUCCAACUAGGGAUGGUGGCAUGUUUAGAAGACAUAAUUGGGGAUCAGGUCAAGUUCUAGGAGGUAAUUAAGUUCUUUUGGUAUUUUAUUUGUUUUUAUAUAUUAAGAUUGUACUAAUAGAGCAAGUUUUCUUGAAUAAACUUAUGUCAUCAGGUACAAGUUAAA